CAUGGACGACUCGAGCAGCCUGCUGCGGCGCCGGGGGCUGCAGAAGGAGCUGAGCUUGCCACGCCGAGGAAAGAGUUGUCGAAACAGUAACAGGAAGAGGCUGGCAGUGGGGACUCCUUCGCCCACCCUCUCCCGCCCGCUGUCCCCCCUCUCUGUGCCAACAGCUGGGAGCAGUCCUGUGGCAAGCCCGCGCAAUUUCCCCACUGCAGCAGCCAGUUUCCCCUUUGCUCGCAGGGCUGAUGGCAGAAGGUGGUCGCUGGCUUCUCUGCCCUCCUCCGGCUAUGGGACGAACACCCCCAGCUCCACCGUCUCGUCCUCCUCCUCUUCCCAAGAACGGCUCCAUCAACUGCCCUCUCAGCCCACCCCGGAUGAGCUGCACUUCCUGUCCAAGCACUUCCGGAGCACGGAGAGUGUCAUGGGGGAGGACGGACGCCACUCGCCAUUCCUGCGCCCUCGAUCUCGGAGCCUGAGCCCCAGGCGGACGAGUGGGAUUUUUGACAAUGAAGUUGUCAUGAUGAAUCAUGUUUACAAGGAGCGGUUCCCAAAGGCCACGGCCCAGAUGGAGGAGCGCUUGGCGGAGCUGAUUGGCGGCUUCUCCCCCAGCAUCACCCUGCCCUUGGCCGACGGGGUCUUGGGCUUCAUCCACCACCAGAUCAUUGAGCUGGCCCGCGACUGCCUGGCCAAGUCCUGCCGGGCCCUCAUCACCUCCCGCUACUUCAUGGAGCUGCAGGAGAAGCUGGAGAAGAUGCUGAGAGACGCCCAGGAACGGUCGGAGAGCGAAGAAGUGCGCUUCAUCGAGCAGCUGGCCAGGAAACUCCUGAUCAUCAUCUCCCGGCCGGCCCGCCUGCUGGAGUGUUUGGAGUUUGACCCAGAGGAGUUCUACCACCUCCUGGAGGAAGCAGAAGGACACGCCAAAGUGGGGCAAGGGAUCAAGACGGACAUCCCCCGUUACAUCAUCAGCCAACUGGGACUGGCCAGGGACCCCCUGGAGGAGAUGGUGCGUCUGGGUCACACCGAGGGCAGCUCCCCCACUGGACUGCAGGAGGGCCCGGAGGUGAGGGAGGACCGGACGGCUGUCCCUGUUCCCCGGAGGAAGCCCUGCGAGAGCGAUUUUGAAACCAUCAAGCUGAUCAGCAAUGGAGCGUAUGGGGCCGUCUACCUGGUGCGGCACAAGGAGACCCGGCAGCGCUUUGCCAUCAAGAAGAUCAACAAGCAGAACCUGGUGCUGCGGAACCAGAUCCAGCAGGUCUUUGUGGAGCGCGACAUCCUGACCUUUGCGGAGAACCCCUUCGUCGUCAGCAUGUUCUGCUCCUUCGAGACCCGACGCCACCUCUGCAUGGUCAUGGAAUACGUGGAAGGUGGGGACUGUGCCACGCUGCUGAAAAACAUGGGGCCCUUGCCAGUGGACAUGGCCCGGAUGUACUUUGCGGAGACGGUGCUGGCCCUGGAGUACCUCCACAGUUACGGCAUCGUCCACCGAGAUCUCAAGCCAGACAACCUGCUCAUCACCUCCAUGGGCCACAUCAAGCUGACUGACUUUGGCCUCUCCAAGAUCGGCUUGAUGAACAUGACCACCAACCUCUACGAGGGCCACGUGGAGAAGGACAUGCGGGAGUUUGUGGACAAGCAGGUGUGUGGCACCCCGGAGUACAUCGCCCCAGAAGUGAUCCUGAUUCAAGGCUACGGCAAACCAGUGGACUGGUGGGCCAUGGGGAUCGUUUUGUAUGAGUUUUUGGUGGGCUGCGUGCCGUUCUUCGGAGACACCCCCGAAGAGCUCUUCGGACAGGUGAUCAGCGAGGAGAUCCUGUGGCCAGAAGGCGACGAACAACUUCCUGCGGAUGCACAAGACCUGAUCACGCAGCUUUUGCGGCAGUGCCCCCUGGAGCGCUUAGGCACAGGAGGGGCCCACGAAGUGAAGCAGCACCCCUUCUUCCGCGGCCUGGACUGGAACGGGCUGCUGCGGCAGAAGGCAGAGUUCAUUCCCCAGCUGGAGGCUGAGGACGACACCAGCUACUUUGACACUCGUCUGGAGCGCUUUCGGCACCUGGGCUCUGAGGGCGAGGAGACCAACGACGACGAGGAGUCCUCCCUGGAGAUCCGCCAGUUCUCCUCUUGCUCCCACCGCUUCAGCAAGGUUUACAGCAGCUCCGAGUUUUUGGCCAGUCCUGCUGGCCUCAGCUGCCCGCCGGCCGAGCAGAGCCAGGACAAGGAGAAGACGGAAGGGGCCGAGAGGGGGGAUCGCAGCUCGGGAGACGAGGAGAAGGGCCGGAGCGUGGCCCCAGAGGCCAGGCUCCGGGCCUGGACUUCCUGCGGCUCCACCUUCCACGCCUUCCGGCAGGAGCGUAGCCACAGCCCCGCCUCCCUGAACAGCACGUGCAGCCUGGAGGCCAUGCCCAGAUUCGCCUUCUCUGAGGAGGAGAGCCCUGCCCAGGGCCCUGCAAAUCGGGACCGGCCGCUGUUUGUGGUUGGGGAUCCUGAGGCGGCUACGCCAGGAAUGCCGACGAAGGCCUCACAGCUGUCAGCUGACCUGUUCAGCCUGAAUGGCGGCCGUCUGCGGAGCAGCAGCACCGGCACAAAGCGCUCCCCCCCGCAAGGCCUGGAACCCGAGAGCGGUCGCCGGCUGGGGGGCCACAGGGACUGUCCGGGGAAGCACCGCGUCUCGUCAGGGGGCAGGGUGCCCAAGUCCGCCUCAGUCUCCGCCCUCUCGCUCAUCAUCUGCUCAGAUGACUCCAGUGGGGGCGCCCUCAUGAGCCCCAUCUCGCCCCACUCUCUUUCCUCCAACCCCUCUUCCCGAGACUCCUCCCCAAGCCGCGAUUCCUGGCUUGGGGGGCCCAGCCUGCGCCCCCCCAUCGUGAUCCACAGCUCGGGCAAGAAGUACGGCUUCACCUUGCGGGCCAUCCGAGUCUACAUGGGCGACAGCGACGUCUACGUCAUGCACCACAUGGUUUGGAGCGUGGAGGAAGGCAGCCCCGCUCAGGAGGCAGGGCUGAGAGCGGGGGAUCUCAUCACCCACGUGAAUGGGGAGCCAGUGCAGGGCCUGGUGCAUGUGGACGUCGUGGAGCUCCUGCUGAAGAGUGGGACCAAGGUGUCCCUGAGGACCACAGCCCUGGAGAACACCAGCAUCAAGAUGGGCCCUGCGCGGAAGAACAGCUCCAAGGCGCGGAUGGCCCGCAGGAGCAAGAAGAGCCGCAAACGGGACAGCCAGGACCGGAGGAAAUGCCUCUUCAAGAAGAUCUCCAAGCAGACGUCCGUCUUGCACACCAGCCGCAGUUUCUCCUCCGGGCUCCACCACUCGCUGUCGUCUAGCGAGAGCCUCUCGGGGUCUCCUACGCACAGCCUGUCCCCUGGCCCCACCACCCCCUGCCGCAGCCCCGCCCCAGACAUCCCCCCAGAUUCUGCCUCCCCGCAAAGCAGCGUUUCCCCCUCCUCCAGCACCCCCAGCUCUCCAGCAGGACACACCCGGCCAAGCUCCCUUCACGGAUUGGCUCCGAAGCUCAGCAACCAGCGCUACAAGGUGGGGCGCCGCAAGUCCACCAGCAGCAUCCCCCCCUCCCCGCUGGCCUGCACCCCUUCCUCUGCCCCGCAGCCCCCCUCUCCGCAGAGGACGCCGUCGCCACUGCCCUUCCCCAAGGCCACCCAGGGCAAGACCCUGUCCCCACCGACCGUCGCCCGACAAACGUCCCGGCCCCGCAGCGCCGAAGGGUCGCUCUCCCCAUUGCUGAAGAGGGUCCCCGCCUGCCUGGCCGAGAAGAAAGGUGCCGGGGCCCGCAAGCUGCUCCUGGAGAGGCCUGCCGCAGGUGAGGAGGGCUGCGGGGAUGGGCCCAGCGGGGAGCGUCACGAGUGGGGACAGGAGGUGGUGGUCAUGCGACGGCUGAACCUCUCUGAGCGCCGCGACUCCUUCCGGAAGCAGGAAGCCGUCCAGGAGGUGAGCUUGGAUGAGCCGGGCCUGGGGCCUGGGGCUGAAGACCACCCCAAGGAGGGCAAGCCUGCCGCCUGGCGCCCCAGAUCGUGCCUGGCUUCCUGGGUGGAGGACAGGCCGUGCUGCUCCGCUCUCAACGCCUCGAGCCCCAAGCGCUCGCUGGGGCCCCACAUCGCAGUGCUGGGGGACGACCCGGCCACAUGGGAACCCCAGGGCUCCUCCUACCCCAUGCGGCUGGAGGCCCGGGUGUACACGGAGCAAGAGGAUGGGACGACGGCCGUGGAGUACAAGAGUGUCUCCUCCCAACGCCUGGAGCAGAGGGAGCCCUCAGCACUGCCCACAGCUGGGCCAAGGACAAGCCGGGUGGGAGGGGAGGCAGAGGACUCCCCCCCAGCAGCCCCCUGGAGCCACACCUGGAGCGGCUUGGAAGCCUGGCCACAGCUGCAACAGGAACCUCUCGGAGCCAGCUUGGCCCAGACGGACCCGAAAGAGGACCUCCUUGGACCAGCCCGGAGCAAAGCCCUGGAGGGAGACUAG